AUGGCGUCGAAUCCGCCUACAUCGCCUCGUCGCCCACUUCCUCAACCAGUCGAACAGACCAAAAAGAGCAAUAGGGCGACCAGGUCUGCCCGGGCAGACCCUGCAGCCGAUGAUUCACCCUCCGAUGGUCCUUGGCGAGGACUGCCUCAACCAGUUGAGACGACAAGCACUGCGUCCAAGAACAAUGCAGGCAGAGACUCGCUAAGCAAUGAGUCUCGUGACGCCAGCCGCGAUGCAUCCAAACCCACUCGUUCAUUGCCCCAGCCAAUCGAGUCACAGGCCGCGUCUUCGAAGUCGCGCCGUUUCCUUCCAGAAAUGGUUGGAAGUAGCCGACGGUCUAGGAGGAGCACGAAAGAUUCACCUACUUCGGGAGUGGACGACGGCGAGGGCACUUCCCCCGUGUCUGGAGAGCACCAAAUCCGCCCCUUCCGACGCAAAAGACCGGACUUGGUGCCUGGACCACCUGAUAAUUCUCCAUUGCCUAGUACGGAUGAAGUGCCUCAGAUACCGCCUGAAUCCAAGUUCUCGUAUUCAAAACUAGCUGACAAAAUUCCACGACGGCAUUCCUUUCGAAUUCCAGACCUCCCGUCCAUCAGAUCGACAUCAGGCACCGAGGAAGAGUCCAAUGCCUCUGACGUCCCAUCUCUAUCGAAAGUCUCUUCUGCCGAAUCUGAUCCUGCAAAUCGACCCAGCGUAAAGAGGAGGAAGAAGACAUACCCGAUAUCUGCACGAGACAGCGAAGACGAACGAUUCUCAGGGUAUCUCUUGAAUUUAGCAGCCAUCGCCGCAGUACGACAGCUUCAUGAUCAAGCAAUGGCCGCCUACCCCAACGAGAAUGAGCAUGAACCUGUCGAACACUAUGCCUUUGACCGGGAUUCUGAUGACGGUUCGGACCUUGCCGUACACACUGGCAAUCUUGCAAUAGACAGCUCAGAGGGCGAGGGCGAGAAGGCGUUGAAGGACUCAAAACGCAGACACAGAGAAUCUGGUUCUGGAUGGCAUAUGAAGGAAAUGAGGCGGCAUCAGUCAAAACUGGAAGAAGAGCGACGGCGCGCCUGGGCUUCAGCGGAGAGGGAUCCCGAACUCGACAUAGGAAAGUCGUCACAAGAUCGUGCUUCACAGCGCGGCCCUCCGCAACCACCGAAGGGAGCUGCAGAUCGGCAGCAGGAUGAUGAGAUCAACCCUAUGCGCAAAGCUGCGGCACCACCAAUGGCUGGACAAGACCUCCGAUUCCCAAAGUGCUCCUCUCCUCGACAGACCAGGGUCGACCCCCAGAACUACCCUGGAGCGAAAUCACCAUCUCAAACGGAGCAGCAGACAGGUUUAUGGAAGUUAAAGGAAAGCAGCUCACGAAAGAGCGCCACGUCUGGCUUAUGGAUGGGCGUCAACGCAGCUUCAGCCCAAGUCGCGAUGGCGCCUCCAAGGGGCAUCCAAUCUGGUCUCAUCACACCUGACCGCGAGCGAAGAUUCACCUUUCCCGGAUCCUUCCGCGAGAUCCCCCCUACAGACGCCAUCGCUUCCGAAUUCACCGAUACCUUCGUAACCCAGCUCUAUAACUACCUCUCUCUCGGCUACCCUGUCCUAGCCCGUCCCUACGACCCCGAAAUAUCCCGCAUCACACGCGUGCCCCUCGAAGAACUGAGGAAAGAUGAUGAAUUGACCAACGCGCGGGGCUAUGUCGGGGUGCCAGAAGGCACGGGCGAGGACGCAAGGGGCGUCCUCGAAAGCCCGGGGGAGAGGUGGAAAGCGCUGAGGCUUUACGUGUGGGAAUGGGGACGGCAGCAAAAGGGGCUGUGGAAGAAUGAUACCCAGGAGCGCGGGUGGGGAGAGGCAGAGGCGAGUUAUGAGACUGGUGGCGGGUGGAUGGGGUCUACUGCGAGAAAAGGGAGUUGGGCUUGGUAA